AUGGUUAUUGAUAAAGUUAUGCCGAGUGAGGCUACGUUUACGAAUGCAGUGAGGCUAGCUUCUGUUUUGGAAGACCUGGAAAUGGCUUUUGAUACGGUUAAGCAAAUGAAGGGUUUUGAGCCUGAGCUUUCUGCUCUUUUGAGAAUUAGUGCUGUUUUAGGGAAUGCUGACAAGGUGUAUGGGUUACUGCAUCGGUUGCGAACCAAUGUCAAGCAAGGUACGGAACCAACUGUUGGGAUUAUUGAAGAUCGGUUGAAGUCUGAGCAUGCUGUAAAAGUUGGCAAGGAAAAUUGGGAUGUGAGCAAGAUAAAGGAAGGAGUUGUGAGAGGAGGAGGAGGGUGGCAUGGGCAAGGGUGA